AUGUGGAACUACGUGCAGAAGGUCCUCGAAAAAGUUUUUCACGACGUGAGGGACAACCGAAGAUUCGACAGUCUGCAGAAAGAAAUUCAUGAAAUUGCGAAGAAGCAAGAGAGCGAGCAUAAUCUCUCGGUGGACGCGGAGAUAUGGCAGGACCAAGCGGAGCAACUUCGGGAGCUGCUGGAGAUUGAUCGAAAGGCGAACGAGGAGAAUAGGAAGAAGACGAUUAGUCUCGAUCAGAAAAGCGACGCGCAGCUUUUGUGCGAGAAGUUACACGGACCAUUUCGAUGCCGCACUCUCGAUAUCCUAAAUCCCGUCGUUGCGGUGUUGCGCCCAGGUUACGCGGAAAAAUGGGCGAAGGCCAGAUUGGAGCAGCAGGAUCUGAAGCUGAAGCUGCAAAAGACGGAUAUGAUGGACGAACUGAGCGACAACACGAGGGAAUACAGCACGGAACAAAUUAUCUCGGCGGAAAUGACCGCCUUCUUGGAAACGGAUAUCACGGAUAAAAAAGAGCAGACGGCCGAGUGGACGAAAAGAUACAACGAGGAAAUCGUGCAACGACAGCAAGAAAUAGAUGAGCUUAAGAGAAAGAUAGAAAAGCAAAAAUUUGAGACGGAAGAAAUGCGCGCUUUGAGAGACACGCGACAAGAGUUCAUCGACGAGUGCGACGCUGAAGAGAAGAGAUUGCAGGAAGAGGCGAGGUAUCGGGAGAAGCUGAAUAGGGCCGCGACUAUCAUCCAGUCAGCAUGGAGGGACUACAUGGUGAGGCAUAAAUUAGGGCAGUACAAAGACUUGGGGGAACAAACGAGGAGUCUUGAGAAAUCGAAGAAACCGAGAGGAGCGGCCGGUAAGAAGAGAAGAUGAGAAGCGCACCCGGGACGGAAGUUCGAAGAGAAAGAGGACUUCAAUGCCUGAGCAAACGACAGAGAGAGAGAGAAAGAGAGAGUUCGGUACUUAUAUAUAUUUAUACCUCGCAUUUUUCGUUGAAGAGAAAGAUUCCGUCUUCUGUACAUACUAUCGUACAUAUAUAAUGCCUCCGAGUUUUGCGUCUGUAUAAAUUACUCAAAUAUAUAUAUAUGUAUAUUUCUUAAACAAAUAUCAGAGAUACAGUAUUUACACAUGAAGUUCCGACUCACACUCAUGCAAAACACCGCGAGCGCACAGGGCACACUACACAACGUGUUAUGUGAACGGUUACCGAGUACGAAUACCGCGCGCAGUUAUUAUAAUAAUUAUAAUAAUAACGAGAUAUAAAUACUUAGUGAAUGUAGAAUUGUAUUCGUACUCGGUAAGGGCGCGUCAUCAUCAUCAUCAUCAAGAAAUGGCUUUCACGUUUAUCUCUCUAUCUAAUUGAUCGCACGUUCCAAGCUAAAACGAUCGAGUAGCCGCUGAAGUAAAUCAGUGACACUAUGUGUGUGUGUGUGUCUGUAUAUAUAUGUAUGUGCGUCCGUGUGUGUGUGUGUGCGUCCGUGUGUGUGUGUGUGUGUGAUGAUCAACUGUACAUUCUUCGUUUGCACGGCGACAUUUAGUAUGAUCACAAUUGCGCGGAUCGCCACGCUGGCGAGUACAGAUCGACGGUGCUACGAUGAAAAAUUGCACGCAACACACGCUCACGGGAAUUCAAGCAGACCAUCUUUGUCGUUCAGUCCGUAUGCACGUGUAGCGCAUUACUGUACGGUGAUUCUUAGCAGUGGCAAAGCUAUCAAACGAUUCAACUCUACCUUGCGUCUGAUCUUUUCGGUACGGAAGGCGCGCCUGAAACACCCGUCGUUUCGGAAAACGCUUGUUAUGGCAGCGUCACGCGCAUCGUCUCGAGAAUUCUCUCUCUCUCUCUCUCUCUCUCUCUCUCUCUCUCU